GCCCUCGCGGAGGUCUGUGCACGCCACUGCCGCCCUACAUUUGUUCUUGUUCGAGAAGCCGUUUCACUCGGAUAUAAGUCAUAGGGAAGAAAAGACUAGCAACUUGCCUUAAUUAGAUAUUUGAGAGCUUCAAGGGGAAGGUUUUCAGUGACUAGCAAAUUAUCUUACCUCACACAAUGCUAGUGUAGGCUAUGACUUAAGAAUAAUUAAAUUCUUCAUUAAUUCUUUUUUUUUUUUUAGUGAUCUAUGCAACGUUUUGCAUUGUAUGACCUGCAUUUUUUUUUUCUUUUGCAAAACUAAAUAAAACAUUUAGAAGAACUUUGGGAACCAGACAUUAGUUUUUGUUGCACUGCCUUUUUGUGGAUUGUGUUGUUAUCUAAUAAGAACCACUAAAAUAACGACAAUCCUCAAAGACAGAUAGAGAGAGAGAGAGAGAGAGAUCCUAAUAUAUAUUUUUAUUUUUACAUAAUUGUAUUUUUUUAGUAUUUAAAUGUGACCUGGACAUGUUCUUGACAGGUUGCAGUGAGAUUCGCAUUUCAGAUCCAGCCACACACACACAGGACGGACACGCGCGCGCACAAAAGGAGAGCGAGAGGGAGAGAUAGCGCGCGCGAGCUCGAGCUGGAUUCGCUACUUUCAUUCGGCUCACUGAGGUUUCAACUAGCGACACAAGCGGCUGUCUGUCACUUUCACCUGCUGAAAAUGAUCCUCAAAUUCACCUGCCUGCUCGGAUUGCUGCUCUGCGGCUGUCAAGCUGUGCUUCAGGUUUCAAUUUCACUCAAUAAAGUGGAACUGAGUGUCGGAGAGUCUAAAUUCUUCACAUGUACAGCCAUUGGUGAGCCGGUCAGCAUAAACUGGUUCAGUCCUCAAGGCGAGCGCAUCAUCUCAAACCAGAGAGUGAUCGUGCACACAGAGGGCGUGCGGUCCAGGCUAACCAUCUACAACGCCAUCAUCGAGGAUGCUGGGAUAUACCGAUGCCAGGCUGUGGACGCCAAAGGACAGAGCCAGGAGGCCACGGUGGUGCUGGAGAUUUACCAGAAGUUGACGUUCCGCGAGGUGAAGACGCCGCAGGAGUUUCGUCAGGCCGAGGACGCUGAGGUCAUCUGUGAUGUCAUCAGUUCACCUGUGCCAGCCGUGUCCUGGUUCUACAAGAACAGAGAAAUCACGUCCGAACCGAACAGCAGAUUUCAAGUGCUUCCCAGCAACAACCUGCAGAUCCUGAGAGUGAGCAAAGCUGACGAGGGCGUGUAUCGCUGUGAGGCGCGUGUAGAGGCCCGAGGAGAGAUCGAUUUCAGGGACAUUGUGGUGCUGGUGAACGUUCCUCCGGUUCUGUCAGUGCCGCAGCAGUCCUUCAACGCCACCGCCGACUACCAGGAGUCAGUGACGUUCACCUGCAUCACCUCCGGCUCCCCCGACCCUCAGGUGACCUGGUACUGGAAGGGUCACGUGAUCGAGCGAUCGGAGCAGUAUGUGUUGAACACUAUGGACGGAGGCAAAAGCACGCUGACCAUUAAAAACAUCCGUCAAGGUGACGGAGGGCCGUACACCUGCCGCUCCAGCAACAAGGCCGGGAGCACCGAGAGUCAGCUGUUCCUCAAAGUGUUCGUCCAGCCUCACAUCACUCAGCUGAGGAACGUCACAGCGGUGGAGGGAAGCGCUGCGAUGAUCUCCUGUACGGCUGAGGGAGAACCGCUGCCCGAGAUCUCAUGGAGGAGAGCCAGUGAUGGACAGACGUUCACAGAUGGAGAUAAGAGUCAGGAUGGCCGUGUGGAAGUGCGUGGACGACAUGGGAAAUCCAUGUUGACCAUCAGCGGCGUUCGACUCUCAGAUUGGGGUCGAUUCGACUGUGAAGCUCUCAGCAGGAUCGGAGGCCAUCAGAAGAGCAUGUUCUUGGAUAUUGAGUAUGCACCGAAGUUCCAGACUAAUCAGAGCAUCUUCUACUCAUGGGAGGGAAACCCAGUGAACAUCAGCUGCGACGUGAGGUCCAACCCUCCAGCAACGAUGCUGUGGAGACGAGACCGGUUUACCAUCUCUAGUCAAGGGACCAGCAACAUUCGCAUUCACACUGCAGAGGGACGAUCGCUUCUGGAGGUCACUCCGGUGUCCGACAGGGAUUUUGGACGCUACAACUGCACAGCCAGAAACAACAUCGGCGCUCGAUACCAGGAGUUUAUAUUAGCACAGGCAGAUGUCCCGUCGAACCCGUACUCCGUACGGCUCACCGCCGUCUCCCAGCGUCUCGCCACCGUCACCUUCAUGAAGCCCGACUCGCACGGAGGCGUCCCGAUCAGCUAUUACAUCAUCAACUACAAAGACACGAGCACGCAGGAUUGGAGGACAGUGAGAUCACAUGGAGUUCAGACCGCAGUAGUUCUGGCUAGCCUGGAGCCCAACACGACGUAUGAGGUGAGAGUGGCGGCCGUCAAUGGAAAGGGUCAGGGUGAAUUCAGCCACACAGAAACCUUCCAGACGUUACCCAUCCGCGAGCCGAGUCCUCCGACGGUUCACGGACAGAGAGGCGUCGGGAAGGCCUACAGACUGGGACUGAUCAAACAGGACGACGGUGGGAUGCCUAUCGUCGAGUACAUCGUGAAGUAUAAAACGGAUAAAGAGGAGCAGUGGAUGACGAAGCUGGUUCCCGGCAUGAAUGAUUUCGCGCUGCUGCAGCCGCUGCAGUGGAACACGCGCUACAACGUGGAGAUCACGGCACGCAACGUCAAGGGCCUGUCGGAGCCCACCUUCUUCCAGUUCCUCAUGCCGCAGAAACCCGACAUCACAGCAGAUUCUCUGUUCAGCGGUCUGGGUCUCGGCGCUGUGGUGGGUCUCGGGGUGGCGGCUCUUCUUCUGCUGCUGGUGCUGGUGGACGUGUGCUGCUUCUUCCUCCGUCAGUGCGGUCUCCUCAUGUGCAUCACCCGCAAACUCUGCAGCAAGAAAACCACAACCAGCGGCAAGAGCAAAGAGCUGGAGGAGGGCAAAGCCGCCUACCUGGUUGAUGGCUCGAAGGAGCCCAUCGUGGGGAUGAGAAGUGAAGAAGAGAGAAUUGCUAACAAGGAGGACUGCAGUCCAGUGCACGAACCCAAUGAGACGACUCCUCUGACAGAGCCAGAGAAACUCCCGCUGAAGGAGGAGAACGGCAAGGAGGUGCUCAAGCCGGACUUGAUCGAGAUCAAGGUCCACACGGACAACAGCAUCCACACAAAACAGGACGACAGCAAAGCGUAAUGGAGACCGGAGGCAUUCCCGGCCCCAACAAACUGAGACCAAAACAGAAAUGAAAAAAAAUAUCACAAAAGAGAAAAGAAAAAAGAAGAAAAAAGAAAAGAAAUCUUCACUAAUGAAGGGCGUGUAAAUAUGUUCAAAUAUAAACAGAGUUUUUUUGUGAUAAAUCUACUGUUCUUUCUAUUCACGACGGCUCCAGCACUACUUUUCGGUUGAUGUGUCCGUCUUUGUGUUUUGGAGGAUCUCAGAAAUGAGCCCAUUGAAUUCCCAGGCCUUCUUCUACUGUCCAGGCAUGUCCAGUCUGAUUUCUGACCAGCGGGACGUCGUAUUGUGUCAUAAACACUGCAAAAAAUCAUGUUCUUCCUCAGUAUUUUUUGUGUUGUUUUUCAGCACAAAUAUCUAAUUAUUCUUAAAUCAAGAUACAUUUACUGGAGAAGCAAAAUGACUAAAAAUAUUAAGAUAUUAAAAUAGUAAUUGAUCAAAAUUGAGUUUAUGCUUAAAACAGGAGAAAUAUAUAUAUAUACAUUCAACAAAAAUGUUAAGCCUUUAUUAAGAUUUAAGCAAUUUAAUUAAUAGUAAAAAUUGUAAUUGAAUAAUUGAUUAAGGAUUGUUCACUUAUUCAAUUAAAAUUCAUAAGGAUUAUUCAGUUCAGUCUGAUAGAAUUUUACUAUUAAUUAAAUUGCGGAAAUCUUAAAAAAAGGCUUUACGUUUUUUUUAAAUGUGUGUGUGUGUAUAUAUAUAUAUUUUUCUUUAUUUUUUUGACCCCACUGUCAGAUUUUUUUUCUUGUUUUAAGCAUAAAUUCAUUAUUCGUUAUGUUCCAUUCAGUGGACUCUUAUUUUGAUAUUCUGUUCUGUUUCCUUUAGUUCCCUUUUCCCUGCUCUGUUUAGUUUCACAUUUAGAACAUUUGAAUCACUUGAACCAAUUGCUUUGUAAAAUGAUUCACUGUUUCGAAUCACUGUUUCAAAAAACACCUUUUACAAACUAUUUGCAAAUGUUUUAUUCAAGGUGUCAUCUAUUAAGUGCGAUUAACAAAUCAUAUGAAGGUUCUCUAAUAUGUGUGGUUUAUUUUAUGAAUAAAAUUAAAUCAUUUUAUGGAGAGCUUGGUUAAUCAGAGACUUUUAACUACAACUCCUCUUUUUAAUAUGCAAAUGUGUCAUUAAAUGUCUACAAAUGUAUAAAAUUGAUCCAAGAACAGGUAAAAAUCAUAUAGCCGACAGACGGUUCAUGGGUUCGCAGAGAUCGUAGCGGCGAAAUAUUGAAAUUUCAAAAAAAUUCGAAACGGUUCUGAUGCAACGAAGCGAAACUAAUGAUUUGCAAAAGUUUCGAAGCUUCACAAAGCUUGUUUCAAAAGAAUCUAUUAGUGAAUAAAGACUGUUUAUUUUCUGAACUCACAAAUAUAUGUAAUAGAUCCAUUUUUAAGUAAACUAGACUUAAUAUCUUCAGUCAUUUUUCUUCUCCAAUAAAGUUUUCUUGAUUUAAGAAUGUUUAGAUGUUUGUACUGGAAAACAAGAGAGAAACACUGAGGAAGAAAGUGAUUUUUGCAGUGAUUUCAGAUUCUCAUCUAAAUGUGUUCAUCGGUUUUUAUCCCACAACCCUUUGGAUUUCUUCUAUUUUUCCAGGCAUGUCCUAGGCUCUUUUCAGACGGUGCGUCUCAUAUAUGUCAACAUUUGAAGACGUCAUCGGUUUGUAUUCUCCAUCUUGUCGUCAGGGUCGCUUCUCAAAAGAAACCUGGCAAAACUUUGUAGUAAAGUCACUUUGUAGUUUGGAUUUCCUCAACUGCCAUGAUGCCGGAUGAAAUGCUCUUCUUAAUUUAUGUUGAUUAAUGUGUGAUUUGAGAAUGGCUGGACGUGUUCUGCACAAAUACACAAAGAAGCGAAUGUUUGACCGACGCUUUGUAAGCUCAGUUUGAUUGUACCUGCACUGAAUGUGUGUUUCUGUGUGGCUCCAGCACUCCAGAGGGCGCUAGAGUUUACAUUAAAUCUCUCAAAGCUGAUGUGUUGUUAUUCAGGCACCUGCUGUAAAGAGUUUAAUGAACUUGCUCUUUAAAGGUUAGUCCAUCAGGAUAGUGAUUAAGCUAAAAGAGAAAACUGACUCUGUCGCCCCCUGGAGUUCGGUGUUAUUUUAAUAUUAUUUAUAUAGUAUUUAUUAAUGUUUUGAAUUUGCUUUUAUUUUUAUAUUUUUAGUUUUCAUUUUAAUCUUAGUUUAAGUUUUUGUACUUUUAUCAUGUGCCUUUUGUCAUUUUUAUUUUUAUUUUGUUUUAAUUUGAGUUUUAUUUUUAAAAUUGUAUUUUAUUUCACUUAAUUGCUAAGGCAAUUGUAUUUAAAAUUAAACAUUUUCAUCUAAUAUUUAUAUUUUAUUUAACUUUAACGAAGUGUAUUAAUAUUUUGAAUUAGCUUAAUUUUUUAUAUUUUUAAGGUUUUUUUUGUAAUUUUAUU